AUGACAGUUCGACGGGCUACGGAGACAAUGGGAGAGGAACUUGGGACCGUAUCUCCUCGUACAGAAGAAGGGUAUUAUCUGUUUUUAGCCCCCGCAUCGAAACAAACGACCAAUUGUUUAAGCCCCAGCCAGUGGAAAAAGGACGACCCGUGCAAGCCCCUUGCUCUGGAAAAUCCAGCCGCAAAUGUGUCGGAAGUGAUCCACAACUGCUCCAACUUGAACGACUUUGACGUGUAUUGGUCAGCAGAGCGACUUUUUUCCUGUCUCUCGGGAAAAACCUUCUACACGUCGGACGUGAAUAAUGCAUCGUGUGCUAGCGGCUAUGACCUCGCUAUUUGCUCAGUGUGUGCCAAAGCAUGCGAACAGGCAAAUGCAGAAGUUCGGGCAUCCGUUCGAUGGCAGAACUUCGUCAUCCCAGUGAUGCUGGGUAUUGCGCUUGUUGCGGGCAUCUAUGGAGUUCGCAUUUAUCUCCGGGAUGUUACGGAAAUUGGCUUGCUAGCAAAAGCCGAAGCCGAUAGGAGGCUCAAGCCUCCUAAUACUAAGAAGGGUGAAAGUCUUGCCUUACGAGCAAGCAUGAAGUACCUAAGAAGCUCGAUGGCGGUGGUGGGGAGAAUGGAUCGAGUCAAAGACAAGAUCAGAGAAACUUGGAAGAAGUAUCGCCACCGAAACGCGAAAAUUCUGUUCGGCGUCGAUGUCAGCCCCCCAGCUCGGACGUUCCCAGUUAGCCCAAGCAAGUUCAAGAUUUUCAUUGGGUUCUUUCAAAUAUUUGGCAACUUCCAAGGCUCUUUCGUGGUGAAAUGGUCGUCGAACAUACAAGAUUUCAUGAGUUUCUCACAGAAAUUCAAUCUGGACUUGGUGGCUAUUGCCGGUAUUGAUUGCGUGGUCACAAAAACGUUUUACUUCGACUUCACAGUGACCGUGAUCAUGGUUGUGAUUGCACUUACCGUGAUUACUACUUACUUCUACGCUGGAAUGCGAAGCUACCGAUCGAAGCUGCAGUUAAUCCCGCGAAAUUGCUUACGUUGCGGACUUCCAGUUCUCGAGGGCGAGACCAUUCAGAACGACGAUGAAAGCUUGAACCCUCUCCGGUUGCUUCGAAGCAGGUGGCGCAUCCACAACUUUUACAAGCACGAUUCAUCGGCUACUGCACAGAGGGAGACGAAGGGGGUUUCGGAGAACGAAAGCUCCGUUGCUCUAUCGACCCUCAAGGAAUUUCGUGCACUGAACCGUAAGUUCGGAAUGUCCCAGGUUCGCACUCCGUACCUGCGUUUGUUCCGCUCAGAGCAUUCAAACUGUCCCGUGAAGCGUCACGUGCUUUCCGGCGUCAUGCGUGAACGCACCAUUCGCAGUAAUCUUCGAGUCUGGCAAGCUCGCGUGAAACUACGCAUGAACUACCUUACGUACCGCAACAAAUGCCUCAAACUCUACUGCUGGAUGGCACUCUUCCUGUACCCCUCCGUGUCGAAGACGAUAUUGGCAGUGUACAACUGCCAGGAAGUUGGUGAUACGUAUUAUCUCGUGGCUGAUCGUCGUCUGGUGUGCUACAACGGGGAGUGGGCAUUGUUUGGUAUAAUCGCAACCAUCGGUGUCGUUGUAUGGGUUGUGGGUAUCCCGUUCUUCUUCGGUCUACUCAUCUGGCUAGCUCAAGACCGCGGCGUUGCGGCACGCCUAAGACUCCUGCGUAAACCGCAAAUGCGCGUCCAAAGACAGAAGUGGCUCAAGGAGGUUGAAGACCAGCAAAUAGCAGAUGGCCGAUAUGUUCGAGAUAUGGAUAAUGUCGAGGUCCAAGAUGAGGAGCUGGCGAAGUAUAUGAAGCGCAAGAACUUGACGGAUUCCACUGUACAAGCGCGACUAGGAUUCAUCUACGCUGAAUAUUCGAGCGAUUAUUGGUGGUUUGAAGUCGUUGAUCUGUCACGAAAAUUGUUUCUUAGUGGUGUGAUCGUUUUCGUCAAGAAUGGGAGUGUGGAACAAGUCCUCCUUGCCCUCGCUGUCUGCCUCGUGACGAUGUGGUUCCUGCUAUAUUUCCAGCCGUACGAAGGCUAUUCCGAUAACCUGAUCGCAAGUAUCACUCAGCUCCAGCUCUUUUUCACGCUGUGGCUUGGAGUCAUGAUCACGCUCAACAACCUCAACACCGAGUCACUCAUCGACGUGAACCUGUUGAGUAUCGUACUCGUGGGGACAUGUAUUGCCGUCACUGCGUUUGGUCUGAGCAUGAUCGUUGGGGAAGGUCUCACCGAGUCACGACGAAUUUAUACUGAGGCCGUGGCUCAGCGCAAGAAACAAUUGCAAGAAGAAAUCCGCAAACGCUGGUUCAAGGCCUUCAAUUAUGCAGCGUACGAGACGCAGAUGCUUCGCUACGGCGGCCGCGUGCCUGCACUGCUGGAAGCCUUUCGUCGUGCGAAACUCAUAGAAGAAGGGGACCCUGAAUUUGCCAGCGUCAUGCCCAAAAUUGAAGAAGCUGAAGCGCCGUCGUUAAAUCUGCGGCAACCAGAAGCGAAUACGCAAGUUGAUGAGCACGGUGAAGGCAGCAAUGACGUAGUGCUUGGCGAGGCUGAGGAGAUACACGAAGAAGCUGCGCAAGGAACGUUGCGGUUUAGAGGUCAGCGGCAAGUCUAA